UCAUUCUAGAGAGAGUGAAAAAUACAGCAGUAGAUGCAACUCACCCAACUCUCCCAUAUCCAAAUAACAUUUAAUCCCACCUUCUCACCACCACAAAACCAUAUAACAAAUCCUUUAUGUUCCUCAAAAAACAACUUCAAAGAUUUUCCUCAAAUUUGCAAUGAUUUGAUCCCUUAACACUACACAAAAAGCAAAAUGAGUUUCACCUUAAAAACCAUAUUUCUUUCAUUUAUUCUAGCUUUAUUUACUAAUCUUAACCCACCUCAUUUUGCAGAAUCUUCUUCAGAUUACACUACAUUGGUCUACAAAGGUUGUUCAAAAGAGACUUUUAUAGAUCCAAAUGGAAUAUACUCACAAACACUUUCUACACUCUUUGGUUCACUAGUUUCACAAUCCACCAAAACAAAGUUCUAUAAAACCACUUUUGGUAGUGGCCAAAACAGUAUAACUGGUUUGUUCCAAUGCAGAGGGGAUCUCACCAAUUCUGCUUGCUACAAUUGUGUAAAGACACUACCAAUUUUGUCCAACAGAAUUUGUGGCAAAACCAUAGCUGCAAGAGUUCAGCUUCUUGGUUGUUAUUUACUGUAUGAAGUUGCUGGUUAUACCCAAAUAUCAGGUAUGCAGAUGCUCUACAAGACAUGUGGGAUAACAAAUGUUGCUGGAAGUGGUUUUGGGGAGAGAAGAGAUGCUGCUUUAUCAGCAAUGGAAAUUGGGGUUGUUAGUGGUCAUGGUUUUUAUACAACAAACUAUAUGGCCUUUUAUGUUUUGGGACAAUGUGAAGGUGAUAUUGGUGACUCUGAUUGUGGACAAUGUGUGAAAACUGCUGUUCAGAGAGCUCAAGUUGAAUGUGGCAACUCUAUUUCUGGUGAAAUCUUUUUGCAUAAGUGUUUCAUUAGUUAUGGCUAUUAUCCUAAUGGAGUUCCAUCUAGACAUUCUUCAUACUCCUCAUUUUCUUCAGGGCAAGAUCCAGGGAAAACAGCUGCUAUAAUACUAGGAGGAAUUGCUGGAGUGGCUUUUCUAGUUAUAUUCUUGCUAUUUGCUAGGAAUUUGACAAAGAAACACAAUGAUUAUUGAUGGCAUGCUGAAAAUGAUUUGUGACAAUGAAAAAUUCUUCCUGUGAUGAAAAUUUGCUUGCAUUUCAGCUUAUUUAUAAGGAUGAAUGAAAGCUGGAAAUUUUUGUGGUAAAUAGAGCUUGACUGGUUUGGUACAGAAAGAAUAUCAGAUGCUUCAAUGUAAUUAUUGUUGUAAUUACAUGGAUAUUCUUGAAGUGCUAAAUGUUUAGAAGGGUUAGUAUUAUUUGGCAUUCCUUAGUGGAUGAAAAUUUUGGGCCAUAUCCCUUGUUGAGCCAUGUGGGUGACACUAUUAUUUUCCCUCUUCAAUUUUCUAGUUUUUCAUUGACUUUAAUGCUUUUGGAAAGUUUGUCUUUGAGCAAAUGCUUUUGGAAAGUUGCAAGUUGCAUUCUCCCUAGCUUUAUCAUGUCUUUCUCUACCACUCAAAUACAUUGAACCAUAGAA